AUGUCGCUGAAUAAGAACAACAUUAGGGAAUACAAGUUGGUGGUAGUCGGUGGCGGUGGGGUCGGUAAGAGUGCGCUCACGAUCCAAUUGAUCCAGUCGCACUUUGUGGACGAAUACGACCCGACCAUCGAGGACUCGUACCGCAGACAAGUGGUGCUGGACGGGAAGGUGUCCGUUCUGGACAUCCUGGACACCGCAGGCCAGGAGGAGUACUCGGCGAUGCGCGAGCAGUACAUGCGCACGGGCGAAGGGUUCAUGCUGGUGUACUCGGUGACGUCGCGGACGUCGUUUGACGAGCUGAUGACCUACUACCAGCAGAUUCUGCGCGUCAAGGACGCGGACUACGUUCCCGUGUUCUUGGUGGGCAACAAGAGCGACCUGGAGGACGAGCGACAAGUGUCGUACGAGGACGGGGUGGCGCUGGCCAAGCAGUUCAACGCCCCGUUCAUGGAGACGUCUGCGAAACAGGCCAUCAACGUGGAGGAGUCCUUCUACGGGCUGGUGCGGUUGGUGCGGGACAACGGGGCCAGCUACAACUCUGCGAAUGCGUCGGAGCCCGAGGAGGGCGUUGCCGACUCCGGCGCGCACGCCGCGGGCGCGCGCACGCCCGCGGCCGGUGCUCGGGUCGCGGAGAGCGGGACCGAGCGCCAGCAAGCGGACGCGAGCAACGACGCGGGCCCCGGCAGGAGUGCCAAUGCCUCCAAGAAGCCAGCGGCCGCGAAGCCCGCCAGCAAGGGCACGCAGCGCCGCGUGGAGCGGCGCGACGACAGCGAAAAGACGGAAAAGUCGGGAGGAUGUUGUGUUAUAUGUUAG